AUGGCGACUGAUGAAGAGAUUGAAUUAGUCGAGAGUCUGCAGGCUCAGCUCAAGAAAGCAGAAGAAGUCAUUGAAAAUCACAACAAAGUAUUGAAGUUGGCUCAACACGACAAAAAACUCUUGAAGGGGCUACAUGAUCAAAAAAGUGCAGCAUUUGUAGAUAGUAAACAUCAUGAUCCUAAUACUAAUGAUGGGCAUAAACCUAAAAAAACCAAAAAAACCCUUAGACCUCCUGGAUCUGAAUUGGAUCCUAAUACUUCGAAUAAAGGAAUUCAUGAGUACCUUGAUUGUUCAACUGCUCUAGGUGAUGUGAUUGGAGUCUCUACUUGUUUGUGUCCUCAAGUAGUUGAAAAGAUUUGGGCAUAUAUUAAAGCUAAUAACUUACAAGAUCCAAAAGAUAAAGAAAAAGUUUCAUGUGAUGGAAAGUUGAAGACGAGUUUUAACAAUCAAACUCAUAUGUUUACCAUGAAUGUUUGGCAAUCUCUCUUUCUGUUUAUUUAUUUGUGA